ACAAAAUCGCUUCCUGCAUACGAAUGAGUAUAAACAGAGGUGAAGGAAUAAAGAAAAGCUUUUGUUUCGUACGUACGCAUUCAUUGUCGUUCGGCCGUUCGCUUUCGCUGCGUCCGCGUUCAUUCAAGUAUUUUAAAGCUUGUCAAUGACAUUUGGUUCCAAAGUUCAUUCGCAUUCCACUCGUUGAAGAAGUUCAGAGAAAAUUUUCGUUGAAUGUUAUCAGUGCUAUCAGUGGUUCUCUGCGUAAUUUUGUAAACAAAAUCCGAAUUAAGAUGGAAAAUCAAAACCCGUCGACAUCUGUAUCAACAGCAGAUAAAAGUGUAGGAAAGAAAAGUAAAAAGCGUAGUGAAAAUAAAGUGACUCUCGCCGAUAUUGCGAAAGGCUUCAUUCGAAGAGAUGGAGCAAAGACUUCAUGUGCCAUUGAUCCAGGAACAACAUGCAACUAUACUCAAGAUAGAUUGGACAUUGGAAACUUCAUUCGACACUUCCGGACCCGUCAUCAUGAUUUGGCUGUGGCGAACGGGUUAACCAAGGAAGAGGAAACACCGGCAAAGAAGCAGCGAGUUGUGGCAAAACGUCCUGUACCAAUUGACAAAUUGUUGUUUAUGGAUUCAUUGGUGAAACUGAUGUCGUACCACAACAUGCCCUUGGCAUGUUUGCAAUGGGAAGGAUUUAAGCAACUGCUUGAUCCUUUGGCAUCAGCUGUUGGUGUAACAAUGAAUCCAACAAAUAUGAAGGCUACGGUCAAGGAAAUUGCUGGCAGGAUUCGCGAGGCUAUAGCAGCAGAAACGAAAGGUCGGCUUAUCAGCCUCAAAAUUGACUCAGCCUCUAGACACAACCGCCAUGUACUGGGCAUAAAUGCACAAUACUCAAUCAACGACAGUGUAGUGAUUCGCACUUUGGGAAUGCUGGAAAUAAAAGAACGUCAAACGGCCCGGUUUUUGAAGAGUAAAAUAUUGGAGGUUGUGAACAGUUACGGCGUUGGAAUAAAUCAAAUAUUCUCAGUGACAUGUGACAACGGAGCCAAUAUGCUCGCCGCAGUUCGACAACUCAAGCAGGAAAUAGAGUUGUUGGCCUUGGACUCAGAAUACACCGAAGAGCAAGACAAGGAAGACCAUGAGUUCACCACAGCAUUAAACAACGAGUUCAAAGAGAACCUCAAUCUCGUUCGAUGUGCGGUUCAUACCCUGCAACUGGCAAUUCUGGAUGUAGUUGACAAGUCGAACGCAUCAUGUAGACGAGUAACAGAUAUUGCCAAGAAGUGCAAACAAAUCAAAUACAAACCCAGUUUUGAGUUGGUAAAGGCAUCAUACCCUCCUGUAUGGGGUCAAACCCGUUGGGGGGGUAUAUUCAAGAUGAUGCAAAGUUUUACUGAGCAGGAAAAUUUUUUCAAGGAGUUGGCCCUGCAGUUCCCAGAACUUGAUCUCUCUAAUGACUGGGAGUUUAUUGGUAAUUAUGUGCAGGCGUUUAAACCGUUAUACUACUGCACGAAGAAUAUGCAGUCGGAACACGUGUCAUUGCCAGAUUUUUAUUUGCAAUGGCUUCUGGCUGUAAUGGAAGUGUCGAAGCUCACGCAAAACCCAUUUGCUACUCCGUUGACUGCUGCGUUGACCAAUCGUAUAGAAAACCUCAAAACAUCCAGAGCUUUCAAAAUGGCACUGUACUUGGAUCCUCGACUGAAUUACAUGGGCUCCAAGCUGUUUACUAGUGAUGAAAAAGAGCUAAUACAGAACUACAUAAUCGAAACGUACAAGAGGAUUUCAUCGUAUCAAAACCCGGCACCAUCAGCUGCCGUGGCCUCUCCAGCUACUACUGAGACAACUGAGGAUGACUUUGAUCACUACUUAACAGAGCUGUUCGGAGAAUGCUCUUCUUCAACGGGAGAAACUAGGGAUUCUGCGUUUUUACAACAGCUCAAGGCUCUUGAGGUAGAGCCCAGACAAAAUCACAGCCAUGAUGUUUGGAAGCAUUGGACAGACAGAAGAACCACCCAUCCUGAGCUAAGUGCCGUGGCUUCUGUUGUUCUGGCUACCCCAUCCAACCAGAUAUCAGUUGAAAGAGCUUUCAGUGCUUUGGCGCUUAUCUUGACAGAUCAUCGAUCGACACUAGGUGAAGAAAACCUUUCAAGUAUUCUCCUGGUGAAGUUGAACAAGGACCUUUUCGAAGAGAUUAUGCCAAGCAUGUGCCAACCAAAUGGUACUACACUCGAGUAGCUCUCUUUUGGUUUUUGAUUACCUAAAACGAAUAAGAAAAAUCAUGAAGCAAAAUAUUUCU